GUGAGGCGGCGGCAAGAUGGCGGAGGCGGAGGCGGCAGCUGGAAGUGGGGGGAGUCCCGCGCUGUCCUCGGGCGGGGAAGAGCCACCGACGGGCCUCGAGUCGCCGGCGGAGGAGGCGGCGUCGGCGGGGCCGAGCACGGGGUUUCGGCUGACGGCCGUGCGGCGGGAGCCGGCCGUGCGGCUGCAGCACGGCGUGAGCGGGCUGGAGCCGCUGGCCUGGUCCGAGGACCACCGGGUGUCGGUGAGCACGGCCCGGAGCAUCGCCGUGCUGGAGCAGCUCAGCGACAUUCACAGCGGCGGGCAGGAGCUGGUCAUCCACCGCACGGCCGUGCCCGCGCCCGCCGCGGGCUGCCUGCUCAAGGUUGGUUCAAAAAAGGAGGUUGCAGAAUGUAAGGAAAAGUUUGCAAGCUCUAAGGAUCCAACUGUUAGUCAAACCUUUAUGCUAGAUAGAGUAUUCAACCCUGAAGGAAAGUCACUACCACCUAUGCGAGGAUUCAAAUAUUCCAGCUGGUCUCCACUGGGCUGUGAUGCUAAUGGAAGAUGCCUUCUGGCUGCUCUAACCAUGGACAAUAGAUUAACCAUCCAUGCUAAUCUUAACAGACUACAGUGGGUGCAGCUGGUUGAUCUGACAGAGAUUUAUGGGGAGCGUCUGUAUGAAACCAGUUACAAACUUUCGAAGGUUGAGACCCCCAGAGGAGAACUAGGGGACUUUGCAGAAUUUCAGAGACGGCAUAGCAUGCAGACUCCAGUCCGUAUGGAGUGGUCAGGUAUCUGCACCACCCAGCAGGUGAAACACAACAAUGAAUGCCGAGAUGUUGGCAGUGUACUCCUAGCCGUACUCUUUGAAAACGGAAACAUUGCCGUUUGGCAAUUUCAGCUUCCUUUUGUGGGUAAGGAAUCCAUCACUUCUUGCAAUACCAUAGAGUCAGGAAUAAAUUCCCCUAGCGUCUUGUCUUGGUGGGAAUACGAACACAACAACCGAAAGAUGAGUGGACUCAUUGUAGGGAGUGCUUUUGGACCAGUUAAAAUCCUUCCUGUCAACUUAAAAGCAGUUAAAGGCUACUUCACGCUCAGGCAACCUGUUGUCUUAUGGCAAGAAAUGGACCAGUUGCCAGUACACAGUAUCAAAUGUAUUCCUCUCUACCAUCCUUACCAGAAAUGUAGCUGUAGCUUAGUAGUGGCUGCAAGAGGAUCUUAUGUGUUUUGGUGUCUUCUCUUGAUAUCCAAAGCAGGUCUGAAUGUCCAUAAUUCCCAUGUGACAGGGCUUCACUCUUUACCAAUUGUAUCCAUGACUGCGGAUAAACAGAAUGGCACAGUAUACACAUGCUCAAGUGACGGAAAGGUAAGGCAACUCAUUCCCAUCUUCACAGAUGUUGCAUUAAAGUUUGAGCAUCAGCUUAUUAAGCUGUCUGAAGUGUUUGGCUCUGUGCGGACUCACGGGAUAGCUGUAAGCCCAUGUGGCGCAUACCUAGCAGUUAUUACAACAGAGGGUAUGACCAACGGCCUUCACCCUGUAAACAAAAACUAUCAAGUUCAAUUUGUAACUCUCAAAACAUUUGAGGAGGCAGCUGCUCAGCUCUUGGAGUCUUCUGUGCAAAAUCUUUUCAGACAAGUGGACCUGACAGACCUUGUGCGCUGGAAGAUUUUGAAGGAUAAGCAUAUCCCUCAAUUCUUACAAGAAGCCUUGGAUAAAAAGAUUGAGAGCUGUGGAUCUACUUACUUUUGGCGUUUUAAACUAUUCCUCUUGAGAAUUUUGUACCAGUCAAUGCAGAAAACUCCGUCUGAGGUCAUGUGGAGGCCUUCACAUGAGGACACAAAAGUAUUAAUAUCGGAUUCCCCUGGGAUGGGGAGUACUGAGGAUGAUCAUCAAGAAGAGGGAACUUCAAAACAGGCCAGCAAGCAGAGUUUGUGUGAAGUGAGCAAAGGAAGAGACCCAGAUGAUCCAGCAGAUGACACUCUUGUCCACUCAAGUGACAUAGGAGGACAUGAGCCAAUGGAAGAGAAGCUCCUUGAAAUACAGGCACGAAUUGAAGCAGUAGAAAUGCACUUGACACGGGAACACAUGAAGCGAGUGUUGGGAGAAGUCUACUUGCAUACAUGGAUUACAGAGAACACCAGCAUUCCUACCAGAGGAGUCUGUGACUUCUUAAUGUCUGAUGAAGGCUAUGAUGACAGAACAGCACGAGUGCUGAUUGGACAUAUCUUAAAGAAAAUGAACAAACAGACUUUCCCGGAGCACUGCAGCUUGUGUAAAGAGAUCCUGCCAUUCACAGAUCGCAAACAGGCAGUCUGCUCCAAUGGCCACAUUUGGCUCAGGUGCUUUUUAACCUACCAGUCCUGCCAGAGUUUGGUAUACAGAAGGUGUCUGCUUCAUGACAGCAUUGCACGGCAUCCAACCCCAGAAGAUCCUGAAUGGAUCAAGAGGUUAUUGCAAGGACCUUGUACUUUCUGUGAUUCUCCUGUGUUCUAGAGAAAGCUGUGGGAAGCUUGAAGACCUUUUCUCUACUGCAUAAGACUCCAUUCAGUCUGGAAAGAGGCAGAAGGUGCAGGAGCAUAUACAUUUUACUGAAGGCAGAAGACACUGUUCCUAACCCUGUAAAUAGAGCACUUGACGUUCAAGAAGCUCAGUAGUGUAAUGACCCAUUUCAUACUCCAGAAAUGAGAGCAUCCUCUGAAUACCUAGCACAAGGGAUUUAUGGAGCAAUUUUGAGGCAACCAUGGACCCUGUUAAAGCAUCAGCAUUUGAUUGGAUAAAUUUCCUUUUAUUGAAAGAUCAGAAAUCUGAGAAGGAUGCAGCCUGAAUACCAUCUCUGGUGAAAACUGGAUGCUUUUCUCAAGGGUGAGAGCAUCCCAGCAGGUAGAAUGCAGGAGGCACUUCUUGAACAGUCUUAGUGGGAAGAGGGCUUCAGUCUCCAGUGCUCCUGUUUGUUUGCUUAAUGAGUACUGGCACUCACUGUACCACAGAAUAUUAAACUAUCAGAAAUAAUGUGUGAUUCUAAUAUAUUUAAGUGACCUGCAUGUCAAUUUUAGCCACUUGAGAGAAGUCAGCCACUGCAUUAGAUGUUUCACUCCAUAACUAGCAAAAUAAUUCCUGGUAUUUCUCAGGGUUUGGGGGGAAAAAUUGCAGUCAGAAAGCUAAAAUUGGCAGCUUGUGCCAAAUAUGGAUCAAGAGGAAGUUUUUAAAUUCUAAUGGUUAUAAGUAAACAAUAUUAGCAUUUAUAUAUUCCAUGUCAGAGACCCAACUCUAAAAUGUAUAAUAUCUGGUGAUCAAAUCUCCUUAUCCUUUUCUGAAAUACGUUUUAACCAUUUACCACACUUGUGCUAACACCUGAUCUCUUCAGUUCAUUUCACACACUGUCAACAGGUACCAUGCUCCCCUCCUAUAUAACCCAGUAAUCACCACUUUUCCUUCCCUCCAAUCAGGCAGUGGGAUUCUCUUCAAAAGCAUUGCAAUAACUUGACCCAAAACCAGUCAUUUCUGGUUGUCAUUUGGUUUUCUUAAACUGGCUUUUUAUAGUAAAUAGAGUAUAAAAGAGAAGUAUUAAAUUAGAUGGGAAAUAUCUAACCAAAACUUUCAGAGUUUGGUGAAGCUGUUCUGAGAUAGUUAUAAAAUAAAAGGUGAUUAUAUCAGGCAUUCAGAAACGUGUGUGAAUUAUCCUGGUGGAACCCCUGUUUGUCACUGUCACUGAAAUAGUGUUUUCUUUGACUGUCCCACUGGAUAAUUGUCCUUUCUGCCUUUGGGACCCAACUUAUGUGGGGGACAUUUCCUUUUCAACUUUCUACAAAGUGCCAGAGGAAUAAUAAUUCCAAAAUGAGUUUCUGUCAUUAGAAUCCAUCUUGUCUGGUUAAGAACCAUUUUCUCAGGCCAUCCAAAAUUCUUUGUUUCUACUCAAAAAUGCCAGUCCACUAGAUGCUCCCUGGAAAAAAAAGAUUUUUAGUUUUGUUUGUGGAAUGCAUGAUGUGUAAAAUUCACUUCUCCAGGCUUCUUAUUGUGUGGGAAGCAAGAGUGUGAAUCUAUGGCGCACCAGCUUGUUAUGCAUUAACAUUUUAUGUGGACUCUGUUACAGAGCACAAAUACUGUAUUAGGUAUUUGAGAGCAGCAAGGAAUUAUCCAGACAGUAUUCAACAAAUGCAUGUGUGGAUUGAUGCUUAAGUUUUCUUGACUUAAUGACUAUGCACAUUUUCCUAUUGUUCCUUUACCCUUACUAGGAGCAGUCACAUCUCAAUUCAUAUUCAAACAAGCCAGCUGCCUUUACAUUUCAAUGUUUCAUGUGUUGAGCAUGAUAGUGCUCCUACAAUAGACAAUUCUAAUAAUUCAGAAGAUUAGAAAACCAUAAGCACAGAUAGGUUCAUUUGUAAAAUAACCAUAGCCUUGUCUGUAAAUAUCCCUGGGAGUGAUACCAUACUUGUAUUAAAGAAAUGUUUAGUUUUUUAUUGGUGUGCAUUACAAAUUGAAAUAAACUUAGUGGUAUAUUUGCAAAGAGAGUUUGUAGCUCCCAGUGUCAGCUAGCAAAGCAAGCAAUGGAAAACCAUUGUCAGUUGGAAUGCUCAGAGUUGAACUGACAUCUGUUGUAUGCACAGUUCGAGGCAAGUACCAAGGUUGUGCCUGUGGUAGGAUUCCUUUCCCUUCUCAGAUGCUACCUAACUCUCCCUUCCCUGGGGAAACAAGUGCAUCAUUUUUAAUCCAAUCUGAAUGCUGUGAUAGUCUAGGGUUGGUGGUGGGUAAUGGCCUUGCGAAGUAAAGCUUUAUAGGCUCUUGUAAAAAACAGUGCUAAUCAACUGGUCCUAGUCGAAUAUUCUGUUGCCCUUCUGAAAUAAUUCUAAUCAUGGGGAGGGUUAGAGGAGCUUUUAAAAAAAUUAUAUAAAUGAAAUCUAAUUUUUCUGAUAAAUUUGUUUUUUAAUCUCUGUUUCAGGCUUAGUGGUUGUAAAAUCUACUGGUCCACUGAAGUAUUUCUAGGUCUGGCAGACCAGAAGGUAUUAGACCUAAACUCAUUAUUCUGAUUACUGACUUGCUUUAAUUAUGGUAUAAUUUUAGCAGCUGUUCUCUCAAACUGCCCUAGCUAGAACCUAAUGCUUUAUAUACUUGGAAGGUAAGAGUCCAAGCUACUUUCAGCAUUGGUGUUUAGCUUCAGAAAUUUUCAAGGUAGUGGACACUCAAAUUAGAUUAAUUUGGUGGUUGUACAUGGUGGCAGUUGAGAUGAUGAGAUUUUAAAGUCUUCCCACAACCUGCAAGUUUAUAUGCCACUGGAUAGCUGAGAGUCUCAGAUUUCCUUAUGGAAACAGCUUUUGUUUCUUAUUGCUCUGGGUCAAGAGGUACUGUGGGUUUUAAAGCCAUGUCAUUUUUUUUGGCAAUUAGUUGAGAGCUGAAUAAAAUAGCAAGUUUCAGACCAGUAGUGUCCCACUGGAUUUUUUUUCCCUCCCUCCCUCACCUACCUUCUCAGAACUUCCCUCUAGUGAAAUAACUUGUAGCUGUUGAGUAGUGCCCAUCACUUGUCAUUCUAGGAAUAGGUUUAGUCCUGUUUCUCUAGUGUAUUGAAACAACCUGCAGAACCUACAUCAACACCCUAAGCAUUGCUCUUCCUAAAUACAUUAUUGUGGAAUAGUCUCUCUCCCUGGAACAUUUAACAGUAGACUGGACAGAGUACCAGUUCAAUAGGGAACAGUCUUGCACAAGAACUGCUCUCCUCUGAGAGGGUGCUUGGCAUUGUCCCCAGCAGCUCAUGGGAGCACUACACAAUUCCAAAAUGAGACACAGGGGAAUGGAACAGUCAUUGUCUCAACUAUAGUCUGAGGAGCCCUUCCUGGGAGUCUGCAAGAUGAGAGCAAGCAGCUGGGGAGAGGCCAUAUGUAUCUCUCCGCUCCAUACUGUGAUUGUGCUGACAUGUAGCAAAUACAAUCAGCAGUGUGGGGCUUGCACACCUGGCUGUGUAACUUUGCUGUGGCACAUGUUGUCUUAGUGGAUUCCUCUGGAACCAUUCUGUGAUUAAAGCAUGUGUAUGCAGCAGAGCAAAUGUGUUGGAGUAUGAAAUCAUGGUAGUCUGACUGAAACAUGGCUGAAGUGAUCAGUACUCAGCCACCAUCCUUUUUAACUAACAGUUGAAUGAAAUGUAGAAGAAACUCCAUGGGACUAGCACCCAGAUACCAUGGUUAUGAGUGUGGUAGAUUCAUAAGGCUAGAUUGGUCCUUCCUGGGGAAAAAUGCUAUACAAGCUGUGGGGAGGAGGGGGCGGGGAGGGGAAAGGUGUUCUUUGCAGAGAUCCCCUCACCUUGUUCUCUUGCAGGGGUGGGAGACAGGAUUUGCCCCCUCAUGGCAGAAUUGUGUCUGAGGAUGGUAUUUCUACUCUACAAAACACAGAUUCUUGUACUGCUUUAUCUUUGGGAUUUCAGUUUUUUAAACCAAUCUGUGGUUUCUUAAAGCAGUGGUUUUCAACCAUUUUUCAUUUCCUGGCCCCUAAAAAAUUUCAGUGGAGGUGUGCACCCCUUUGGAAAUCUUUGACAUAGUUGUGGCCCCCCAGAUGUCCACGGACUACUGGUUGAAAAUCACUGCCUUAAAGGUAAAGUCUGGUAUUGGCACCCAGUUUUUGUUGUGUGAGAAACUUGGUGUCCUAAGCUAACAUUUGUAAAAGCACCUAAGCCCCUUUGAAAGUUAAUGGACUGAGGUUCUUUUGAAAUUUGUACCUCUAAUGCUGAAGCGAGGACCUGCCUUUGCAAUGAAAGUGGAUGCUUGAAGGUUCUAGUAGACUGUCUCCCAGCUUUUUGUUAUAAAGACACUAAACUUGGAGCUCCCAAAUCUGACUUAUAAUUGAGAGGCCCAUUUCAAAUGUAACUUGCCAUCAUCUAAAACUGACUAAAUAAUAUUUCAGGACCAGCCGAGAUACUAUAAGCUGGAGUCACUGCAUUGCACUUAAAAUACAAUACAGAAGGUGAUGCACAGACAGACUUAAGUUGUUUGCUGUUGUGUUUGGGGAUUGAUUAGGGGAGAUAUAUAUUGAGAUAGAUAGAUAUCUAUAUAUAUAUAGAUCUAUCACCUACUCUCUGCCUCAAGUUAAUCUGUCAUGAUCCUUGAUAAGGAAUAGCUUCUUAUGCCUCUAACUACUAAGAUUCAUACGGACAUCAAUCUUCCAUCCUGACCUCAAGCAAUUCCUACCUAACUGGUGUGUAUGCCAGGAUACUGGGGUGUUCUCACGGUUGAAAAUUAUUGGAACUGCUGAAGAAGCUAGUAGUUACUAGUGCAACUGUUUUCCCCAAGCCUUGCCUUGCCUGUAGUUUGAGGCUAUUCACAGUGUACUGUGAGUUUAAUACAUAAUAGACAGUACACUGGGUUAAUUGGAUUAAAACUGUGUAAACGGGUAAUUAAAUACUGAACAAUAUAUUCUUAUUGUGGUAAGACUAAUGGGAGCUUACAGAGCGGCUAAAUCCUCUUCUGUUGGUGCUAGCUAAGAAAUCCAAACUGCUAUGAUGGAUUCACAAACGGGUUCUGGAAAGGCACUGACUGUCCGGAUUUGUGAUAAUUUGGUGCAUAAACCUCUUCUCUUAUAGCUGUCAAAGCACCAUCACUCAUGUUGUGGUGGAAAGCUGGAGUGGCAGUGACUGGCUCCAGUGCUCCAAUCCAUCCUUGGAUGUCAGGAUCAGUAGCAAUGGAAAGCACUUAUUUUUAUACCAGCCCCAUCCAGUGGUUGAGUAUUAAUUCUUCUCUCCAUUGUUUCCUUACAUUUAAAAGUAAUUGAAUAUAAAUAAAAAAUAGUCUAGAAAGAGCCUGUUUUUAAAUGCCCCCUUCCAGGCUGCUAGUUCUGCUGUACAUCACUGGUUUUUCCUGCAAGACUAUGUUAGUGCUUGUUCAUGGAUUUCUAACAAACCCAAUAAACGUUUCUCAGCAUAUUAUGUGAAUUUCCCUUGUGGCUCAUGUAUCAUAUAGUGACUUUACACUCAGUGUGUUGAUACCCAUUUAUUUUGUCAUUACUGCUAAGGAUUUCUUGAGAGAAGAGUUAAAUGUGAAUUUUGAUAGUCCUAGUUGAUGUCUGUAUUUAUAUACCUCUACAAAUUUCAGAUCUCUUUUGUGCUGUCCUUAUGCCCAAAAUAAAAUUGAGGACUAGUUAGUGCAAGAGAUUAGUAGCAUCCUAAACACACAGUCCUUCUGUCUGCUGUUCUGCAGUUUGUGAAACAGUAGAAUUCUUUAUAGAUGGAAUCACAAAUAUCCUCAGUUGACACCCUUGGGUGUAGCCUCUGCAGAAAGGUCAGGGAAGGUGAACUACCUUCUCUCUCCAUAAGGGGGUUCCUUAUCCUUUUGUGUGGGAGACCGGCACUACCCAAACUACUGCUCUUAUGUCAAAAUGUAGGAUUUUUAGGCUCAAAUACUUCAAUCAUGCAUCUCGUAGAGGCACAGAAAAAACAGCGAAAAGCAAGUCUACUAAAACAAACCCCCAGGUCUCAUAAUUGUGUGUUGGUCAGCUUCUUAGAGAGCAGGGCACUCCUAACCACACUAUCCUGUGUCCUUUUUUGAAUGGAGCGGCCAGGCGUUUCAGUGGAACAACGCCAUAUGUGACUUUACACUGUGCUUGCUGUAAUGAAUCAAGAAACAGCUGCUAGUUUGUUUUACCUGCCAGCCUUCACUGUCUUCAUUAUGAGUUUCAAUUGUCCAUUCAUUCUGGUAGCCACCUUCUGCUUUAAAAGGUCAUAUAUUUCCUGGAAGGUAGUAAACAUGCAAACCUUGCUAGAUUCAAGCACUAAAUCUGGUUUGUAUUAUCUUUUUGCAGCUGGGAAUGGGAAUAACGUACUCAUCCUUUUAACCCUCAAAGUCAGAUUUAGAGGUAAGACCUAAAUAAUAAUUUAGAAGUAAAACAGAUUUAAAGUUGUAGGUACUUGGUUAAUAAAAAUGAAAUUGUCUGAGUAGCUAUUGGAUUUCUUUUCUACCCUUUAAAAUUUCCAGUCUAAAGUAUUUCUGGAAGCCUCCUUUUCAGGCCUGGUCAAAACACACAAAUUGGACCAGUUUUUAAUUGAAUCAGUUUAAAACUGAUGCAAACCAAUGGUUUAGCUUGCAUUGGUAGAUUUACACUGGUACAUUUUUAACUGAUAAAGUUGCCCUGAUUUUACAUAAACAAGCAGAGCUUAUAUGUGGAGCUAGGGACUUCAUCAGCUUUGUGUAGUCUAGGAAUCUAAAGUUCCCUUAAGGAUGCUAGAGUCCAGUUGAAAUGCAGAGUAGGGCUGACAAGAAAACAAGGUUUCCAUGUUGUGAAAAAUGGAGGGUUUGGAAUUUUUGUUCUUGUGGGAAUGAAAUCUAGCUUUUGCGAAGCUUUUCACGGAAAAUGAGAUGCACACCCCUGUGUAGCCAAUGGUCCGGUGCACUCACCUGGGAUGUGGGAGACCCAGAUUGAGAAGGGCCUAGAUCCUGGGCCUCCCACAUCUCAGGUGGGUGCCCUCAUCACUAAGGUGUAGAGUGUGUCUCUCCCACAACCUCCUGUUGAAGCGGUUCCACUUCAUAUGACUAAUUAUUCACUGGGCCAGAAAAACUGACUCUAUAGCCCAGUGGCUAGGGUACACUACUGGGAUGGGGAAGAGACAGGGUCAAACCCUGGCUUGAAUUCAGGCAGCAGACCCCUCUCCUGAUUUUGAUAAAACUUGUUCGUCAGGUAUAGCAUUUCUAAGCAAACAGAGACACUACCGAACAAGCAAUACCCUAAUGGUUGGGCUAUGGAAGAGCCAGAUUCAAGUCCCUGCUCUGCCUGAAUCAGACCUAAUGAAAGUUUGAUCAAAACAGGUAUGUCUCCACAACAUUUCAGUUUUGAGAAUUGGCAUUUUCCAGUAAGUUUCAGCUAAAUUCCCUGCUCUAAUACAGAAUGCAUCUGGAAUUUAGGCUGUGUAAACCUCAAGCCUGGCUAGUUCCUUUCAUGUAUCACAAACUAAUGUAUACCCAGAACUAUGUACAGUGAUCUAUUGUCUGCAAUAAACUGUAGUGAAGCAGGGCUAUGUGUAAAUGUUUUAAUUGAAAUUAACACCUAUCCUAAUCCUAAACUCUACGUUUGGUGUUAAAUUGUACAAAGCAUGUAUGAAUAUUUUUACACUGGAAAUGUUCCCAGACCCUCAGCAUCAGGUUGUACAUCAUUUUUACGAGUGGGACAUGGGGCUUUUCACCAUUUUUACUUAGUGUUAAAAACUAAAGCUUGUAAUCUUAAUUCAAAAGAUCCGGAGCCCCUGCCACUUUAGAUUUUGUAUGUGUGAUCUAUUUACUGCCUUUGAUGUGGCAUCUGACCGCGUACGCAGCCGGUGUUGCUUUCACUGCUGAAUGCAGCCACCUCUUGGGUGGUACCUGGGUUACUUACUAGUGCUAACUACAGUGCAGGUCAGGGCUAGAAGUGAAGGUUUUCCCUAUGCUAUCGUAGACUUCAGUGGGAUAAGCCAGAAGGUAGAUGAUGGCAGUGGAGUUUCCUCUUCAUAGAGGACCUAACACACUGCUGUUUCCCUUACAGAUGGUGCCAUGUUCAGUCCUGUGGUAUUUUCUUUAUUUAAUACUACUGCCGUUAACUGGUCCUGCAAAGGGAAAGUUGAGGGCAAUGGAAGUGUUCAAAGAGGAGUUCUCAAGUUUUGACACAUUUUUGACCUAAUGAUGGAGCUGGAAGUUAAUUUAUUCAUUGAUCUUUUCAGGCCUAAAGGCCACUUAAAUGCAUUCUGGGGUGGGAACAGUUUAGCUGGCAGGCCACUCAGUUACCAGGCUGAAUGGAAGGAUAUUUGUUAAUCUCUUCAGUUCCUGGAUUUCCCUUGUAUUUCAAAUUCAGCUCAUAAGAGGGUCUGACAAAGUUGCUGUGAAUACUGAUGCUGUGUAUAUGGCACUUUUUGUAAAUGUGAAGCAAACUUGAAUGAUGUGUUUUGUAUACUGCAACAGUAGCAUUGUAAUCCCACCCCUCUUUUUUAUUUCAAAUAAACAAACAGUCUAGUUCUUGUA